UUUAUAAAACAGCCCUGUGCGAACGCUCAUCAUCAUCAUCACGGCCUUUUACGAGGAAAAUUACAGAUGGGAUAUGAGUUCUGAGAGAGAGAUGAGUGAAGACAUGACACUGUGGAGUGUGCUGAAUGGGAUGCGGUUGAUGGAGGAGCUGUGCGACGUGGUCCUCAGAGUGGACAAGGUGGAGUUCAAGCUCCAUAAGAUCAUCCUCUCUGCGCGCAGCCCGUAUUUCAGACUCCUGUUCACCAAAGGGAGCAGCUCGGAUCAGAAGGUGUACACCAUCACGGAUGUAUCUCCAGACAUCAUGGAGCUUGUAAUCCACUACAUCUACACCCAGGAGAUUCGAGUCACCACUGAUAACGUGCAGGCUCUGUCGGUCCUGGCCGAUCGCCUGCUCAUGCAAGACCUUGUUCGCCGCUGCUGCGACUUCCUGAAGGCACAUCUCAGCCCGGAAAACUGCUUAGGGAUUUGGCAGUACGCCGAAGCUUACUCAUGCAACGAGCUGCAGGAUCAGGCCUACACCUACGUGUUGCAUCAUUUCGAGGAUGUUGUUCAGUCACCGUCCAGUAAGUUCUUGGAGCUGAACGCGGAGCAGCUCGGCGGCAUCCUGGAGAGGGAUGAGCUGAACGUCAAACAGGAGAUAACGGUGUUCCGAGCUAUAAUCAAGUGGAUCGAGCACAAACCCGACGUCCGAAUGCGGCACAUUGCGAACCUGCUGCUGAAGGUGCGGCUGGCUCUGAUAGAUCUGGAAUACUUCCUGGAAAAUAUCAAGACACACCCGCUGGUCAGCAGCUCCAGGGAGUGUCAGCAAAUCACCCGCGCAGUCAAGGCGUUGUUCUACAUUAACGGGGUUGGACACAACACCGGAUACCUAGAUCUUCUUGCCCGCCCACGGCUCCCGUAUUCCAUCUUGUUCGCCUUCUGUGGCUUCAGCGAACCGUCCCCUAAAAACGUUGUAGAAACCUACAACUCGAGGAUGGACAGCUGGAUAUGCAUCUCCAGCAGAGAAGAAAAAGCUCGAACCUAUCAUGGCACAGUGUUCUUGGACGGUUUUGUGUAUGUCCUCGGUGGCUUCAGCGGCACCGAGUCCUUCAACACGGUGCGCAAGUUCAGUCCCCUCGACGGAACCUGGAACGAGGUGGCACACAUGAGCUCUCGCCGCUGCUUUGUGAGCGUAGCCGUACUGGAUGGAUACAUCUAUGCGAUGGGAGGCUUCGAUGACGAAGCGGUGCUUAACACGGCUGAACGCUAUCAGCCAAGCACCAACCAGUGGAGCCUCAUCCCAUCCAUGCACGAGGAACGAAGUGAUGCCAGUGCUACGACCUUACUAGGCAAGAUCUACAUCUGUGGAGGACUCAGCGAAAACGAGUGCCUUUCCACGGCCGAGUGUUUCGACCCUCGUUACGAUCAGUGGACGCGAAUCAAACCGAUGCACGUCCCAAGAAGUGGCGUGGGUGUCAUCGCUCUGAACAACCAAGUGUUUGCGAUCGGGGGUUUUGAUGGAGCCAACCAUCUGCAGAGCGUCGAAGCCUACAACCCUCAUACCAACUCCUGGAGAAUGCUUGCCUCCAUGUCUAAAACACGAAGCAAUUUUGGCGUCGAGGUGAUGGACGGCCGCUUGUAUGUGGUUGGCGGCUACUGCGACGAAAGCAGCUGCGAGUACUACGAUGAAAAGAGCAAUCACUGGUUCAACAUCCAGGACAUGAGUAUCGCCCGCGGUGUGGUGAGCUGCUGUGUGAUAUCCGGGCUUCCCAACGUACAUCAUUGCGUACGAUGACCUUCUCUAGACCUGGAGCUCUUAAAAACGCUAUUAAACCACAUCCCAUUGGCAGGA